AUGGCGUCUGCAGCUGCGAGAGAGCGGUACGCGCGCAAGAACGAGGCCGAGGACCUGCGGCGCGCCUUUGCCUUCCUGGACCGCAAGGGUGACGGCCGCAUCGACCCCGAGGAGCUGAACGCGGUGUUUGCGGCGCUGGGCCACCGCCCCAAGCGCGGCGAGGUGGACGACCUGCUGUGGGAGGUGGACGAGGACUGCGACGGCGCGGUCAACUGGGCUGAGUUCCAGCGUCUGUACCGCCGCUGCCGCGAGGACUCUGCCGGCACCGAGCCGCGCGGCCUCUUCAACGUGGUCGAGUUCGUGAUGCACGACCGCGAGGGCGCAGGCUCCAUCAGUCUGGAGGAGGCCAUGCAGAUCACGUACCUGCGCCACGGCCGCGCCCAGCUUGACGCCAAGCUGGAGGAGGUGUUUAGCACCAGCGACCUCAACAGCGGCAAGACAUUAGGCCUCACGGAGUUCAUGAGCUGCCUGCACACAAACCAGGUGCGCAGCCUGCUGAGCCGCGUGACGGCGAAGACCUACAGGCCGCUCGGGGCGGCUGGGGCAGCCGCAACGGGCAGCAUGAGCGGCGGCGGCGGCGGGCAGCAGGCGGCGGCUAGGGGCUAG